AUGGCAAUGAAGACAAAGAAGGAAGCCCCUGCCCCACCUGAAGCCAGAGCCAAAGCAAAGGCUUUGAAGGUCAAGAAAGCAGUGUUGAAAGGCACCCACACCCACAAAAAAAAGAUCUGGAAGUCACCCACUUUCCGGUGGCCCAAAGCACUGCGGCUCAGGAGGCAGCCCAAAUAUCCUCAGAAGAGCACUCCAAGGAGAAACAAGCUUGACCAGUACACCAUCAUGAAAUUCCCCCUCACCACCGAGUCAGCCAUGAAGAAAAUAGAAGACAACAACACACUGUUACUCAUUGUUGGUGUCAAGGCCAGAAAGCACCAAAUUAAACAGGCUGUGAAGAAGCUCUAUCCCACUGACAUGGCUAAGGUGAAUACCCUGAUCAGACUUAAUGGAGAGAAGAAGGCAUAUGUACGACUGGCUCCUAACGAUGAUGCUUCGGACAUUACCAACAAAACUGGGAUUAUCUAA